AUGAGCCGGGCUACUCGUCAACUGGUGGGGAUUUUCCUCACUGUUUUUCUCUUACUCUUGCUAUACCGGUACCACCGCACAACGACGGAGGAUGCCCAGCCCUCCAAUUCUGCACCUACCGUCCAGGAUACACCUCAACACCCGUCAAACGAUGAAUACAACCCCAAUUUCUUAUGGAGAACUCUACCUGUGCGGUUUCCAGUUGCCGAGAUCCAGCCUCUCCCAGUGGAACUGCCCCGGAAGCUACCCAAGAUCCAAUCAGCAGACUCGAAAGUAUCUCACACCACAUUAUGGCAACAGAGAAGCAGACGAGUAGCAGUGAAGAACGCCUUUGGACGAUGCUGGAGAUCAUAUGAUGCUCUCGCUUGGUCGGCAGAUGAGCUUGCGCCGCUCAGUGGUGCUCACACAAACGGACUGGGUGGAUGGGGUGCGACACUGGUGGAAAAUCUCGAUCUAUUGUGGAUUAUGGAGAUGUAUGACGAGUUUGAAAAGGCUGUGAAUGCAGUCACAGACAUCGACUUUCAAGUUACCGGAUCCCCCGAGAUCAACACUCAUGAGAUUAACACACGUCUCCUCGGCGGCUUGUUGGCUGCUCACGAUCUAAGCGGCGAUCUCAGAUUGCGAGAAAAAGCCAUUGAGCUAGGCGACAUGCUCUAUGCUGCUUUUGACACCCCAAAUAGGAUGCCCAUCAUCCACUGGGACUCCCACAGGGCUGCCCGACAGGAAGAGCAGCUUGCCGAGGAAAGCGUUCUAGCUGCAGAGCUAGGUUCAUUUACCUUGGAGUUCAUCAGGCUGUCCCAGAUAACGGGGGACCCAAAAUAUUUCGACGCCGCCCAACGAGUCAUGGAAACUUUCAAUAGACAGCAAGACUCUACCAAGCUUCCCGGACUGUGGCCGGUAUCCGUGAAUCCCAGAGCAGAGCUCUUCGACGGCGAUACGUUCACACUGGGCGCAGAAGCGAAUUCCCUGUACAAGUCACUUCCUCGGGCAUAUGCCCUUCUUGGCGGUAACGUGCCAAUGUAUCGCAAGAUGUACGAAAAAGCAACACUCACAGCCGCGGGCCACAACCUCUUCCGACCAAUGAACCUAGCGGAGAAAGAUAUCCUCACCGCAGGAAUUGUCCGAGUAAUGACGACACAAAACGGAAAGCCACGUACACAUCUGGAAUCACAAGUCCAGUACCGGUCCUGUUUUGCAGGUGGCAUGUUUGUACUAGGGAGUGCAUUGUUCAAAAUUCCCAUGCACAAGACAAUCGCACACAAACUCGUCGACGGUUGCAUCUGGGCUCAUGAGGCCAUGCCCUUGGGUAUCAUGCCUGAAGUCCUCGAUACAGUCCCGUGCGCAUCACAGACAAUCUGCCCAUGGAAUGAGUGGCACUGGAAGCAGGAAGUGUGGAAGCGAGCGCGUAGCCUGCAGCUAGAGCCAGAUCCAAAUCUCAACACUGAUGCGUUUAUCAGGGAUCAUCAUCUUCCCAAGGGAUUCAUCAGUAUCCCUGAUACCGCUUACAAUCUGCGACCGGAGGCGAUUGAGAGUAUUUUUACUCUUUAUCGGAUUACUGGUCGUGAGGACUUGCUUGACGUUGCUUGGGAGAUGUUCCGAGCAAUUCUGAGUGCCACCCAGGUGGAGAAUGGCAAUACUGCUAUUAUUGAUGUUACUGUUGGCACGGAGCCGAUCCGCGUGGAUUCUAUGCCGAGUUUCUGGAUGUCGCAGACUCUGAAAUAUUUUUAUCUCAUGUUUAGCUCUCCGGAUGUGAUUAGUUUGGAUGAGUUUGUGUUCAGUGCCGGUGGGCACCCACUGAAACUCCCCACAACAUCAUGA